AUGGCUCUCCCGCACGCCCUGGGCUCCCUGACCCCCUGCGAAGCCGUCGCCGACGCCCUCUACCGAGCCCUCUCGGGCAUGGACCACAACGACGCCGCCAUGUUCGAGUCGGCCUUUGCCGGGCAAGACGCCACCAUGGAGCUGCGCGACGGCAGCGGCGCCCCCCCGUUCGAGGGCUUCUCCGCCAUCAAGGCCAACGUCUUUGCCUUUGUUUCCCGCCUCGACACCACGCACCUGAUGAGCAACGUCCGCGUCCACUUCAGGGACGAGGACAACGCGUCCUUGACCGCCGUCGCCAUGGCCCAGCACGCCCCGUCGGGGAGGGGCAAGGAGCCCGCGGGGCCCAAGUACCUCGCCGGUGCCGAGUACAAGGCCGAGCUGGUCCGGGCGCGCGCCGACGGCGUGUGGAAGAUGAAGACUUGGGCUGUCGAGGUUACUUGGGCGCAGGGCGAUGCCUCGGUCAUGGCGCUGCCUACCUGUUGA